AAAACUUUUUUUCUAUUUUUCAGGAAUGACAAUGGAAUCAUCUGUCUGCUACAUUUGCUGUGAUAGAAGAAGGACAGCAGAUACAGAUACCUCACUUUCAAAGACUGGAAUCAGACAUGACUCAGAAACUCUGAAAGAAGUAUUAUUGAGGGCUCUCUCCGUUGGUUAUGUGGAAGAUAACCUAAGCGAAGUGGAAACAAGCAGGACAUCAUAUGGUGUGUGUGUUAUUUCCUUAAACUCUCAGUGUGAUGGGCAUCUGCAGGCCUUGUGUAACAGAGUUGCAGAUGAGGCAGUUAUUAUAUGCAAAAGAUGUGAAAAGCUGUUGAAGGAUUUUGAAUAUCAUGAAAGAACUUCUGUGAAAAUUGCCAAGGAAAUUCAAUCAUAUUUAUCAAGACAAAAUGAAACACAGGGAAAUGGCAUCAGCAUACCUACUCCUGUAUCAGGUUCUGUUAUAACACAUAAACUAGAUGAAAAACAAAGCAUCCAGGCUGCCUUUAAAGCACUUAGAAGAUCAGGGCUUACAAGUACAAAGAAAAGAGGUAGGAAGAGAAAGUCUGUGGAAACCCAGCCCACAGACACAGACAGUGUUACGAAGGAUGAUUCUGACAUGGAACAGGAAAUAUUAACAGAAUCAGAUGUUCAGGAACAGGACAUAGUUGUUUCAUCAUCAAGAAUGAGUAAACGGAUUCAGAGGAGACGAGAAGAGGGCCUUGUCAUUAGGUGGGGAGAUACUGGCUAUGAUGAAGAAAUUUUUACAGAGGGAAACAUGGAUUCAGAUGCAAACAGAUGUGAAAGAAGAACAGACAACAGUGAGAAAAACAGACAGUUAGAGUUUGGUGGUGACAUAACUAGAGACAGUUUACAAUUCAGUGACUUUGACUUGGAAGCUGACAGUGAAUCAAGUGCUACAGAGCAAAGCAACAUUCCAGAAAGAAAAAAAUAUAAUCGUAAAAGGAUUCACAGAUGCAGUGAAUGUGCCAAAUUAUUUCCAUCCCAAGCCCAUCUGAAAGAACACAAAGUUAGUCAUUCCAAUGAACAGUCAUUUACUUGUUCAAUAUGUUUAAAGGGGUUCAAGCGUAAGAAUGCUCUAAAUAAACACAUGCGUGUCUUACACCCAAAUGGUGCAGAAAAAAUCUUCUGUACAUGUGGUAGGAUAUUUGCCAGUAAAGAAUUAAUGUAUAAACAUCAAGCAGGUAGUGGAAGUCACAGACUAUUAGUUUGUCCUAUUUGUGGGGCAUUGUACAAGACAAGACAAAGCCUUGAGAGCCAUAUGUUGCUUCACAAGGAAAGUAAGUGCUACGGAAAAGAGGACUCCUGGCCCUUCACAUGCUCCCUGUGUAAUGAAAGGUUUAGCAGCAAAGCAUCCCUCAGUAACCAUAUUGUGUCUACCCACAGUAAUCAAGACUUUAAGUGUACUUUAUGUGAGAAAACGUGUAAAACUAAGCAGUUACUGUCCCAGCACUUGCUUAGAAAGCACAAGUUAGGCAGUACUGAAUAUCCAUGCCCAGUUUGCAGCAAAGUUUUUUUGAUUGCCAAAGAUCUCAGGCGUCAUGUACAAUCUCACAAUCUAGGAGGGUCACAUGAAUGUGCUCUUUGCCAUGCCAAAUUCAAAUCUUACCCAACACUGCAGGCUCAUAUGAAGAUUCAUUCUAAGGGUAAACCAUAUGACUGUGUAAUAUGUUUGGUCCCCUUUGCUUCAGUUGAGGCUUUAAAAGAUCAUUUCAUUCAACAUCAUGGUGUUAAAAUAAAUGAUGACAAUUUUAUUAUUAACUGGAAUCGAAAGUGCCCAUUAUGUUCUCAGGUUUUUAUGCGUCGGGCAGGUCUAGCCGUACAUAUAAAAACACAUUUUGAUUUUGAAGAUACAGAAAUUUUGCUGGUAGAAGAUGAUGAAGAUGGAGAUAUUGAAAACACGGUGGCGGUGCUUACAGAGGGAAAUGGUAGUAGUGAAAACCCUGGAAAAUUUCAAGAAAGUAGUAACUUGACUGUAAUUACAGAGGAAAGUAAUAGAAAUGAAUAUUCUGGAAAGAUAGAAGAAAAUAGUACCAUUACAGUGUUUACAGGACAAGAAAAUAGUGAAUAUUCAAGAAUAAUUCAAGAUAAAUCAGAUUUUACUUGUGAACUUCAAGAAAACACACUAAAUAAAAAUCACUAUAUAAAAUGUGAUGGAGAAGUAAGACUACUGAAAGAAGUUGAUAAUGUUAAUGCAAAAGGAAUUUCAGUCCUGAUAAAUUCAUUUAUUAGAAAGUCGGAGGUAGAGUGCUCAGAAGUUACUUGUGAUAAAGAGAAUACAAAAAAACUAUUAGACCAUAGUAGCAAUAAUGAAGACAUCAGUGUACCAAACAAAGAAGUAGGUGGAUGUAACAGCAAAGAGGAAAAAUUAUUCUCUGAAAGAGAGAAAGAAAUAGAUUCUGAAGGAACAAAAACACUGGAGGAUGUUAAUCUACAUACCACAAGAAACCACAUCAAUGAAGAAGAAGAAACUAAAUAUAUAUGUGGUCAGUGUUCGUCAGUAUUCCUUGACAUGGAAGAUUUACAAACCCAUUUGCUGACAUGCUACCAACAAGAUACUGAUGAUGAUUAUGUUGUGGUCUUUGAAGUAGAUGAAAGUAAUGUAAAUUAAGUAAAAUAUAAAACUUCAAUUA